AUGGCGCCCCGGCCCCGCCCCCGCGACCCCGCGCCCGCCGCCGUGCGCAAGGAGGUGGAGGAGAUCAUGAGGUCCCACAAGGAGGGGAAGCACUACAAGGAGGCGAUCCUCCGGGCGGGGGAGCUCGCCGCGAAGCACGGGGGCUCCGCGCUCGUGCUCAACCUUGUCGGCGAAUUGCAGAAGGCCAUGCACAGGGACUCCGCACUCGUCAGCUUCGCCGCGGCGGCGAAGCUCGCCCCCAACUGCAUCGACACCGCCGUCUCGCACGCAAGCAUGCUCUUCGAGUCCGAGAGAUACGUCGAGGCGCAGGUGGAGCUCCUCCGCGCCCUCGCCAUCUCCGACCCCGUCGACCCCGCGGAGCACAACGUGGGGUAUGGUCUUUGCUCCGACCUGACGUCCGCCGAGAGGUUAAGGGACGCCAGGGCCAGGGCUCGCAACGCCAUGGAGAGCUUCACCACCUUCAUCUGUGAAGAAUUCGUCCCCACGGAGUCCAUAAGAGUGCUUGACGCAAUCAAGCUCGGCAGGGAAGUCGCUGCGACAGCGUACGAUCUAGCGAAGGGUCUCGCCACAUCUUUCCAGUUCUCGGGGCGCGCCCAGUUCCUCCGCGCGUACGUCUACCUGAAGCGAGUCCGCGGCUUCGACCCGGCCAUUGACAAGAGGCCGUUCCUGCGUCGCACGAGUCGCAUGCUACAGGACUCGGUGAUUGCAUUCCGUCGCUCGCUCGUGAUCGCCUUGUUCCACGCGAAGCUCUUGUUCGUCCUGGGUGAAUAUGCUGAUGCUGAACGUGCGUGCCACCGGGCGCUAGCCAUCGAGAGUCCUGACGACCCGAAGGAACACGACUUGCCUCCUGGAUCUGUCAGUGGAGAAGAGUAUGAUGACAGAGUAUCAUGCGUCAAGAACCAGCUUCGUACCUUGAUCAAGAAGAUCAUAUUUGUGGGUGCAUCUUACUCGCGCCUUCCAUCAUACGAGAAGGAGGAUAGCUUGAUGUCAGUGAAGGUCAAACCACUCCUUGAACUCUGUAAUGCAACGGAUAAGUCGUUAGCAAAGACUAUAACUGAUGCAUUGCGGUUUUUCAAGAAGAACAAUUCAUGGAGUUUCUGGAUUUGCCCUCUGUCGGCACGCUGUGAUGGCCGAGAGUUUGUGGACACUCCUUCGCUCUGGAAACACCUGUGCAGCAAGCAUCCUGAGAGGCUCUGGGGGAAGCUUGAAUCAAUUUUGGGUCCAAAACUAUGCGAGUCAGAGAGGGAUUGUUUUGCUUUGGAAUGGAUAACUUUUAGUCAGGAUCAAGACCAGCAUGACAUAUUCCGUUUAGUAAAGAUGGAUGGUAUGUUCGAUUCAUUGAUUCGUCGAGCAUAUGUUGGAGCAGAACCAAAUUUGGUGGAAAUGCGUACAGACAAAUGCAGAGAAGGGGCUGAGAUCCUUGAGGGGAUCAAGAGAAGGUUGGGGGCAUUGCCUGCAGAUAUAUCUAGCUCUCAGUUUGAUGACGCUCGUUCUGGAAUACAAAAUAUGUGGCUUAAUUUCCUCAAAAUUUCUGUUUUGGAUUAUCGUGAAUUCAUGUAUCCCGUCGUGAUAUCUAUCGUAUGGGCAAAAUUAAAGAAAGGCAUGACUGACAAUCCAAAUAUUGUUGGUCAUAUAAGUGAUUCCAAAAUUGAUUCUAUAUUUGAUGAUGCUCCUAGUGCCUAUGGAUGCAAUGUUUCUGAAGGACAUGAUUCCGAUCCCUCCGAUGCAAACAAAAUGGGUACAACACGCAAACAGAAUCUGAAGCCUUUACACUCAAAUCGGACACUUAAAGCUGAUGGAGAUCACCAAGAAAGUGAGCUUUGUUUUGAAGAUGGGAAUUCUAUGGUCAAGCCACCAAAUGAUACGGAAGGAAAAGAGAUGGAGAUAGAUGAAAUAGUGGCAAAUGUGGAAAGGAACGAGUUGGAGAUAGUUGAAAUACUGUCAAAACUCGAACGGAGUCUAGAACUAGAAGUUACUUGUGGCCAAUCUGCUGAGGAAAUGGCAAACACAAACAGCUAUAGAAGUGUCGCUGUUGUCAACGAAGAAACCACUGACAAAGACCUGUUUAUCUAUCAAAUAAUCAUACAGUCGCUGUGGAAUUUGAGGCUCUUCAGAGAUGGGGUUUUAAGGUCAAAACCAGUAUGCAUCUUGAUUAUCAAUGUUCACUGCCUCAUCGCUGAACUAAUGUAUGGAAUCUUCUUUGCUUGGGGAAAAGAUGAACAUGAUGGAGUGCCAACUUUACUGGCUUCUGUGAAGGACAUUGUUUGGAAAAUUGCAAAUGAUGACAUGUUUCAAAAGCUCCAAGCUGGAAAAAACUUUGUUCUUGAGGUUGUGGCAACGAUUCUUCAAGGAUUGCAUGUAUCAGCAGCGUCUUUGCAUUUUGAUUUCCACAAUGAGAUUGAGGGACGUGAAGUAAGUCCUAUCCAUGUGGAAACGAGUUGCAGAUGUGGGAAGUCUUUUGAUGAGAAAAAACAUACUACAGUUUUCUAUAGACUUGAUGCCAGUUCACCUCAAAAAACAAAGAUCAAGUCCUUAGCAGAGCUUCCAGUUCUAUAUGAUGAGCAGUUAUGCUUUGAGGACAACUGCCAAUAUUGUGGAAGUCCAAAGAAUGUUGAUGUUUCUCCUUUGAACGCACCACAUUUCUUUACUAUAGGUUUAGAGUGGUUCGGUAGCUGCGAAAGUCAGGUUCAGCUAUCUGAAGUUCUGGUUUGCUUUGCACAUCCCGUUGAUAUUAAACUUCUCUGCAAGGGUUCUCACUUGUCGGCAAACUAUUCUCUGGCCUCAAUGAUCUCCUAUGCCGAUGGGCGCUACGUCUGCUUUGCUCGUCACCAUGACAAGUGGCUCAUCUGUGAUGCCCAAACUGUUGAGGCAGUAGAUUCCUGGGAGCAGUUGCUCGAACGCUUCAGGGACUGCAGGCUCCAGCCUGAAGUUCUCUUCUUCGAGAUCAUCAAGUAG